CCCGCCCCCUCCCCUCUUCCCUCCGCAGGCAGGCGGGCGGACAGCGGCCGCGGCGAUGGCGGACAGCGCCAGCGAGAGCGACACAGACGGCGCGGGGGGCAGCGGCGUGGCGCCGGCGGGCUGCGCGGCGGGGCCCGGCGCGGGGCCCGGCAAGGCGGGCGGCAUCGUGAUCUCGCCGUUCCGGCUGGAGGAGCUGACGAACCGGCUGGCCUCGCUGCAGCAGGAGAACAAGGUGCUGAAGAUCGAGCUGGAGACCUACAAGCUGAAGUGCAAAGCGCUGCAGGAGGAGAACCGCGACCUGCGCAAGGCCAGCGUCACCAUCCAAGCAAGGGCAGAACAGGAAGAGGAGUUCAUCAGUAAUACUCUAUUUAAGAAGAUUCAAGCUUUGCAGAAGGAGAAAGAGACACUUGCAGUAAACUAUGAAAAGGAAGAAGAAUUUCUCACUAAUGAACUCUCAAGGAAACUGAUGCAGCUACAGCAUGAGAAGGCUGAACUGGAGCAGCAUUUAGAGCAGGAACAGGAGUUUCAAGUGAACAAGCUGAUGAAGAAAAUUAAAAAACUGGAAAACGAUACCAUUUCUAAGCAGCUCACUUUGGAGCAGCUAAGACGAGAGAAGAUUGACCUUGAAAAUACAUUGGAACAAGAACAAGAAGCACUAGUGAAUCGUCUCUGGAAGAGGAUGGAUAAACUUGAAGCAGAGAAACGAAUUUUGCAGGAGAAGUUAGACCAACCAGUCUCUGCUCCACCAUCACCUCGAGACAUAUCAAUGGAAAUAGAUUCCCCAGAAAAUAUGAUGCGACAUAUCAGAUUUUUAAAGAAUGAAGUAGAGAGGUUAAAGAAACAACUAAGAGCUGCACAGUUGCAACAUUCAGAGAAGAUGGCGCAAUAUUUAGAGGAGGAACGUCAUAUGAGAGAAGAGAAUUUAAGGCUCCAAAGAAAACUGCAGAGGGAGAUGGAGCGAAGGGAAGCUCUAUGCAGACAACUGUCAGAAAGUGAAUCCAGCUUAGAAAUGGAUGACGAAAGAUAUUUUAAUGAGAUGUCUGCACAAGGAUUAAGACCUCGCACUGUGUCCAGUCCAAUCCCGUAUACACCUUCACCAAGUUCUAGCAGACCUAUAUCACCUGGUCUGUCAUAUGCAAGUCACACGGUUGGUUUUACACCACCAGCUUCACUGACUAGAGCCGGAAUGUCUUACUACAACUCCCCAGGCCUUCAUGUGCAACAUAUGGGACCGUCCCAUGGAAUUUCAAGGCCUUCACCACGAAGAAGUAACAGCCCUGACAAAUUUAAACGUCCCACUCCUCCUCCUUCUCCAAACACGCAGACCCCAGUCCAGCCACCUCCUCCACCUCCACCACCACCUGUGCAGCCUACAGUCCAAUCAACAGCAUCGCAGUCAGCCACUUUUCAGCAUUCAGUGCAUCCCUCCUCUCAGCCUUAGUGCAUGUGCUCAGCAGUCUGUAUUCAGAGUUGGACUCAUAACAUGGAGCAGUUUACUAAAAGCCAAAGGCUUACCUGGCGUAUUUGGAUUUGACUUACUUGCACUGAGGUUAUAUAGGCUUCAUUGUUAAUUGUGUUGCAAACAUUUGUCUAAAAAUGCAGCCAGUGUUGUGGGUCUACAACACUAAUUUAAAAAAAAUUUCCAUCAGUGUUUACUUGAACUACAUGUAUGUCCAUUCUCUGGCUGGAACAUUUGCUACUCUCUUUGGUAAUACGGCAUUAUGUCGUUUUGCUUGGCUCCAAAGCUUCAUUUUCCUGGCUUUUAGGUUUGUAAAAUUAAAGGGAUAUCUUUUUAUAUUCUUUUCAUGACAAUUUGCAUAAAAUUACAGGCAUGAUGGGCUAUAUUAUAAAUUCCUAAAUAUUAACAGUGUUUACCAAGCAUACGGUAAAUCAGCACUACAUUUCAGUAAUCUGAAGAUACAGCUUUUAGUGCAAAAGUGAAAGUCAGACACGUUAAUCAGUGCCCAAGACUAUACUCUUAUUGUAUCACCUAAUAAAUACGCUUAAUACAGGUUCAGUAUUCAGCACACAUGACACAUUCAUACCUGUUUAAAAAAAAAAAAAAACCAAAAAAACAAAACCUCAAAUGUAUGGUGCAGUCUGAAGUUAAAUGUGGGGAAUCUAACUUGUCAAAGUAUAUGGAAUGUACAAGUCAUGACCUUAAGAUUUGAUUGUCUAAUUUAUCAUUUACGUUAACUUGUAAGCUGUCCAUACUGUAUGUUCUGUCACAAUGAACUUCUGUAAGUGUGGUACUGCCAACAAGUUACUGGUGGCUGAUUAAAGUGUGCUGUUUGAUUUCUGCUGCAGAAGGCAAUGUGAUUGUAGAGAAGAGCUGAUUUUUUUUCUUGUUGAAAUAUGUUAAUUGUGAUUUCCCCUAAAACAAAGUUUGAACAACUAUUUUAAAUGUUCAAAAGACUAUUAGAGAAUAUGGUAUAAGAUGAAUAUUAUAGGAAUAUAUUGGCAUAACAGCCAAAAAUGUUGUAUUGCUUGGUAGAAACAGAACAGAGUACAGAGAAAGUAGCACAACAUGGCACUAAUGAAUGCUUAUUUAGCAGCCUAAGCCGGUACAAUGUAUGAAGAAAUGUAUUCUGAAUACAUUCUUUCAAUUCAUUUAGCACAAAUAAAUUGUUUGGUUUCACUUUGCAGUGGAA